CCUAUAUAUGUAUCUACGUAUUCUUUUCCCAUGCAAAAAGAGUUUAAAAUUUACGAACACUUUCAAGAGAGAGAACGAAACUUGAAAGAUGUCGAGGAAAGGAGUGGAGGCUGCCGGCGUGAGGGUGACAGUCAUCGAGACGAAGUUUGUGAAGACGGAUGCCGCCCAUUUCAAGUCGGUCGUGCAAAGCCUCACCGGGAAGGACUCGACGGUGACUGCCGUGGUGCCGGAGAGGCCGCGUGCCAUUAGAGGGACGGUGAAAUUGGUGGAGGAGAUUAAUUGCGGAUGGCGAGGAGGACGGCAAGAGGAAUUAGCGCAGGAGACGAUGGUGGUGGACAAGUUUGAGGAAAUGGUGGCUGUGGAGCCUUGCCUAGAAGAAUUGUAUCAGUUGUGGACUUACUGAAGUAGUAGGCUCAGUAUUUAGUAGGUUCAUCUGCCAUUGUUUCUCUUAGGAAGCAUGAUUCAGGCUAGUUAGAGUCUUCGUAGGUGCCCACAGGGCAUUCUUACUGGGAUUUUACUAUUUUUCCUCCCUCGCCGUCAACUAUAUAUACACACACGAAAUUUCUCCCACAAAUUGUAUCUGUUC